AUGGCCUCCAACAACGCGCCUGCCGCAUCGCAGCAUAGCCCUCACCAGCUGGCAAAACAGGCCAAUGUCGAGAGCGGCGAUGGCUUCAGCUCAUAUUUUGCGCAGCUGACCGGCAAUCCCUUCUUUACCGCCGGCUUUGGCCUGGCAGCGCUUGCCGCCGCAGCGCGAAUAGGGCAGAAGGGUCUUCAACAUGGUGCUGCGCUGCUGCGUCGCCGCAUGUUGGUGGAUCUGGAAAUAACUCGGCACGAUGAUGCCUACCCCUGGCUGCUCCAAUGGAUGACGACAUUCCAGAGGGCACAGCUCGCGGGCGCCCAGCUCUCACCGGGCGCGAAAUCGAGUGUCAAGGGCGGCAUUCUCUCCUCUUUGAUUCAGCGAUUCAACCCACGCCUGCACCACCUCCAAGUACGGACCUACCAGCCCAAGAAUGGCCCCUCGCAUGCGGCGCAUUUCUCCUUCGUCCCCGGUCACGGCCAACACAUGGUUCGUUAUGGCGGAGCUCUCAUAUGGGUCAAUCGGCAACGAGAGAAGGCGUUCGAUAUGACAAAGGGUGACCCAUUCGAGACAAUAACCCUUACAACGCUAUAUGCGCAUCGUAAUGUGUUUGAAGAGAUUUUCGCCGAAGCACACCAGCUGGCUCAACAGAUGCAGGAAGGCAAGACCGUCAUAUUCAACUCUAUGGGCCCUGACUGGAUACCUUUCGGCGAGCCUAAGAGGAAGCGACCUAUAGACUCGGUGGUCUUGGAACGCGGCGUAAAAGAGAGAAUUGUCGAGGAUGUGCAGGCAUUCAUCGCUGCGCGGACCUGGUAUCUGGAUCGCGGGAUACCAUAUCGACGAGGCUAUCUGUUAUAUGGGCCCCCUGGAACAGGAAAGAGCUCCUUCAUCCAAGCAUUGGCAGGCCACUUGGAUUUUAACAUAGCCAUCCUCAAUGUAAGCGAGCGAGGUUUGACAGACGAUCGGCUGAAUCAUCUGCUAACUAAGGUCCCACGUCGGACUAUUGUUCUGCUGGAGGAUGCCGAUGCUGCAUUUGUCAACCGCAGGAAACCGGACGAGGAUGGGUAUGCCGGCGCAACAGUUACCUUCUCAGGGUUACUGAACGCCUUGGAUGGGGUGGCAAGCGCUGAAGAGCGCAUCAUAUUUUUGACAACAAAUCAUGUCGAAAGAUUAGAUGAGGCCCUUGUUCGACCCGGUCGGGUUGACAUGACCAUUCGGUUGGGUGAGGCAACUGCAUACCAGAUCGAACAGCUCUGGGAUCGCUUCUACGCGGAGUUUGAUCAAGGCGGUGAAGCAAAACUGAGGUUCAUGGCGAAGGUCAAAGAACUUGGUCUGGUAGAUACGGUGAGCACGGCGGCCCUACAAGGGUUGUUUCUGUACAACAAGGAUGAUGUAGAGGGUGCCAUCAAAAUGGUGGCUAGUAUCGCCGCCGAUCCUAGCCAACGCCAAGCUCAUGUGGAUGUGAGCUAA